AUGACGAUCCUCCUCCACGAUGUUCAGUACUUACUGCAGAUUCCUGUUGAGGGACGACUGAUGAGUAGGACUUCUGCGCAGCUUGACCAUCCGGAGGUGGGUUUGUGUGCGCUUCUUGGGAUGAACUCGGAGCAGUUGAGUGGUCGUUCGGAGGCCCCUGGAUUUGGUAGUAAGGGUAAGUGGUACGAGAAGGGUGGUUUUCUUGCGGAGAUGGCGUCCAGAUACUUGCAGGUGAACGGGACACAUGUGACAGAGGCGCAGUCGUACUUGUUGUUGAUGUUGGGGUCCACUUUGUUUGUGGACAAUCGAAUGUAG